AUGGACAACAGACCUGCCUCCGAGUACGCGCAGUCAGACCAGGCUUCUGCUGCUGCCACUGCUCAAUACACGCCUCAGCAAGAGGUCCGUCCUACCCCUCAGUACACGCCUCAACCCGAGGUUAGACCUACCUCUGCCGCCGCCGCCAAUAUUUCGUCCUCCAACACACCGCAGUCUGACUACGGUCUGAACCAGCCGCCCGCCGCGCGCUCACCCGCUUAUCCGGACUACCUCGCUCGCCCGCCUCAAUACCAUCACGCCCCCAACACCCAGGCCGGUGGUGCGGCAGGUAUGGCUCAAGCAACAAAUCCCUCAAUCGCGGCCUCUAGCCCUACCUAUCCUCCUCCCUAUUCGCCGUAUCAGCCUCAAGGUCAUGACAUGGCCCAGUAUCAAGGUCAUCCUCCCCCGCCGCCUCCUCAGAUGUAUGGGCGUCCGGAAUGGUCGCAUGGUUAUGGACAGCACCAGCACGGUCUUCCUGGACCCUAUAGCGCUCCUGCUACAACGGUUGGUCCCGCCUCCCCUGCUGCGACCGCAGGGCCGCGCCCUGGCCAGGUUUACUCUUUUGUGCCCAUUCCUGGGGCGCAACAGCACAAACGACCCCGACGUCGCUAUGAAGAAAUCGAACGUAUGUACAAGUGUGGCUGGAACGGGUGCGAAAAGGCUUACGGUACUCUCAACCACCUGAAUGCCCACGUUACUAUGCAGUCGCACGGAGCCAAACGGACUCCCGAAGAAUUCAAAGAAAUUCGCAAGGAAUGGAAAGCUCGAAAGAAGGAGGAAGAAGCUCAGCGUAAAGCUGCCGAGGAGCGUGAACGUGCUGCCGCCGCUCAAGCCGCUCAGGCGAACCAGGUUGAUGCUCCCGGUCCUACCGAUCCUGCGCAGGGUCAACCUCCUGCUUACGCUGGCGGUGUCCGCCCUCAGCUGCCGCCAAUUGGCUACCAACCUGCCGACGGCCAAGUACCGGGGCAGUACGGCGGUGCCAGUGGCAUGGUGUAUCAGGGUAAUGGCCAGAUGGCCUAUCCUCCAAACUACCCUCACUCCCCGUAUGGACAAAGCGGGCAGGUGUAUCAGCAACAAAACCAAUCGGCCAGCUACCCACAAUAG